UUGUUUUCGCCAUUGACAGCAUCAUUCUCUGUAAUCGCGACGGUGUUUGGGAGAUACCAAUACCAGGGAUUCGAUCAUUCGCGUCUAUUGAACUCGUCUUAUAGCAAUAUUCAAGCAGCUACCUUAUCUGCUUCGCUUGCCGAGGUCUCCCAACUAUUCGUUAGUCACCUAUCAUAGGAAUGAGCAAUAUGGCGAUGAAUCUGAGAACUACGACAAGAGCUCUUGGGGGGCUUAAACCACGUGUGGCCCAGGUGGUGUUCCUCUCUACGGCUAGGUCGUACUCCACGUCGUCUGAACCAGACUUGAAGGAGACUCUCAAGGAGGUUAUUCCCGCCAAGAGGGAAUUGCUCAAAAAGGUCAAGGCACAUGGAUCGAAGGUCAUUGGCGAAGUAAAGGUGGAAAACACAAUUGGGGGCAUGAGAGGGUUAAAGGCUAUGGUCUGGGAAGGCUCCGUGCUAGACGCGAACGAGGGUAUUCGAUUCCAUGGCCGAACGAUAAAGGACUGUCAAAAGGAACUUCCUAAAGGUCGGUCGGGGACAGAGAUGCUCCCGGAAGCAAUGUUCUGGCUCCUCUUAACCGGAAAAGUGCCUUCGGUUAACCAAGUCCGCCAAUUAUCGCGUGAGCUUGCCGAGCAGGCUCGGCUCCCCGACUUCGUAAACAAGAUGCUGGACAGCUUUCCUCAGGACCUGCAUCCCAUGACUCAAUUUGCCAUUGCCGUCAGCGCCUUGAACUAUACCUCCAAAUUCGCGAGGGCAUACGAGGUUGGCAUAAACAAGGCCGACUAUUGGGAACCCACCUUCGACGACGUUAUCAGCUUGCUCGCUAAGCUGCCUACCAUCGCAGCCAAGAUAUAUCAGAAUUCCUACCGUAACGGCGGCGCUUUGCCUGGUGACGUUGACCCCGACCAGGAUUGGUCUUACAACUUCGCGUCCAUGUUGGGGAAGGGUGGCAAAGAGAACGAGGACUUCCAGGACUUGCUAAGAUUGUAUCUUGCACUCCACGGAGACCACGAAGGCGGAAACGUCUCAGCUCACACCACUCACCUAGUCGGGAGCGCUCUCAGUGAUCCCUUCCUAAGCUACAGCGCUGGCCUUCAAGGUCUAGCCGGCCCCCUGCACGGGCUUGCCGCGCAGGAGGUUCUGCGCUGGAUACUGCAGAUGAAGAAAGAAAUCCCGGAGAAUUACUCCGAGAAAGACGUUCAUGACUACCUAUGGUCGACACUUACUAGCGGCCGUGUAGUUCCCGGCUACGGACAUGCUGUCCUUCGCAAGCCCGAUCCCCGCUUCGAAGCCUUGAUGGAUUAUGCGGCCACUCGUCCUGCAAUCGCCAACGACCCUGUGUUCAAACUUGUCCUACUAAACAGCCAAGUUGCCCCAGACGUCCUAAUCAAGCAUGGAAAGACGAAGAACCCCUACCCCAACGUCGACUCUAGCAGUGGUGUUUUAUUCCACCACUACGGUUUCCACGAAACACUUUAUUAUACGGCGACAUUCGGCGUUAGCCGAGGGCUGGGUCCUCUCGCUCAGCUUAUUUGGGAUCGGGCUCUCGGCCUGCCCAUUGAGCGACCUAAGAGUAUAAAUCUAGAAGGAAUAUUGAAGCAAGUGGAAGGGUGAAAGAAAUCAUGUUUAACGUUGCACUACUCUGGCGUUAUCAGCAGAGCGCCCUGAGUUAUAGAUUUUCGAUCUCGCCGAUGAAAGCAUUGCAAUCAUGAUUAUUCUAUAAAUUAUUUUUGUUCAUACAUCACGAAAGCUAGUUCGCCAAGGAAGUCGAACGUGACGAAGCUGAGAGCUCGAUUCCUGCCACCGCGAGAUUGGCAUUCGCUAGUUCGUGAAAAGGCUAGGCUGGGUCGAUCGAUGGUAGGAUAAGCAAAGCAAUCAUUUUGGCAUUUAGCGCAAUUUCUCAACACUUUUGUACAUAUUUCAUCCUGGUAAGUGAUGCCAAUAAGAUCUGUUUGCACCCGCCUGAUGAUGCGACAAAUAUGGUAAAUCUCUUACUCUGGGUAGAUGAGAAUCACUUCUGGCCCCUUUAGCGGGGCGCAAAUGUAACGUUAAAAGCUCCGGUUCUCACAAAAAGAGUUGGCACCUAGCUAAGUGAUUUGAUAUUAUUCUCGGCUCGCGUGUGAGGGGAUUUCAUAUAUUAACCGCGAAGAAUAUCUGGGUUACUGGAUCGCUGGGGAUCUUCUAAAUUCGGGUUGCACGGAAUUUCAUGCGAG